UAUCACGUAUCGUGAUCGAGUUCCCAGGGCACACACAUGCAAUUUGAGAUUUUGACUCUUUCAUCACCUUGAAAGUCGAUUUGUAAUUUGCAUCUAUAUUGAAGUGUGAAGCUUGCGAACUAGCAGAUUCUAAUUUUGUUCUAGUGUUAUUUCUUAUUUCCUCGUCGAAAUGAAUCUACAAAUCCCAUCCGGUGUAUUUGUCCUUCUCCUCGCCCUACUGAUAUCUAUCAGUGCUGUGGCAGAUGCAAUCCGUAAUCAACCAGAGCCAACAAAAAAUGAUACAACACCAGCAACACCACCAACAACAACACCUUCCCCUAAGACAACAACGACCGCUAAGCCCACAACAACAACCACACCAGCUCCAAACUCAACAACGGUAGCUCCAACAACAUCAUCUACUCCAACUCCUCAUCCCUCGCCAGCACCUACAACUCCUCGUCCCUCGCCAGCACCUACAACUCCUCAUCCAUCGCCAGCACCUACAACUCCUAAACCCACACCAGCUCCGGAGAACCGGAAAUUUGAUGGUCCAAGUUUCAUUGGUGGUAUUGUUCUCACGAUUGGCCUGCUCGCCAUAGGAUUCGUAUCCUAUAAAUUUUACAUGGCUCGCACAAAUCAAAGUUAUCACACUCUCUAAGGGGAGACAAGAACUCAUCUGUACACUUGUAUUUUAAUUCAUUUUCUUCACGCCUAACUGAAUUUUUUAAUUUUCUAUUUUUAUCAAUAUUUUUGCUCACAUUUUAUACUUGUUUUUUUCAACAUACACUCAUUUAAUUUGUAUUCCUGUAAAUCAAGAAGCAUGUCACUCUUUGUUUAUGAGCUGAGGCUCAAAAUUCUUCUGGUUUGGCGUAGGUUAGUUUUGAAACAGCAGACACUUCUAAUUUCACCUAUCUCUCACAGGAAAAUGUUGAUCUUGGUUACUAAAAGACUUUUACCUUGUUUUAGAACUUCACGUUCUCUAUUUGUUGCGAUGUUUGAUGCUGUGAGCGAUGCACUAAUCAAGUAUUUUAACAUUGUGUGGUGAUAAAAACUGAGUCACAGCCAUGUGUCAAAACUUUUUGUACUCAGCUUUCCAGCCCAUUGCUCACCAAGCAGUCCAAUGAUUUUCUGUACAUUGUACAUUCAUUCUUUGUGAAUCGUUAUCUUUUUUGUUCUGCAGUUUUUUCUUGCUGGUUAAUAACAUGUUUAUAUUUUUCUAAGAAAAAGACAGCCAGUCUAGUCCUCGAACUUGCUUUAUCUGCUAGAAUUCUGAAGUAGAUCAAAGAUUAGAGACAUCAUUUGAGCACUAUUUUCUCUCUCAUUUUUAACUAACGAUAAGAUCGAAACCUCAGACUUAACUUAAAAAUACCUGAAAUGAAACAAUCAAAAUUACUGUACAAAAUCAUUGCAAGCUGUUGAUAAAAAGACAUAUUUAAGUGGCCUCUCUACAGGUCUUCUCAUUUAUUUUGAUAUUGAAAAUUGCAGUGGUUUCAUCUUUUAAUUUUUUGGUACCAAGCAGCAGAAUUUUUCCGGUGUCGAAAAUAUCAGUGGUACAUGCAUAUUUAUUAUUUCAACAUGACGAUAAUUACCAACGACUGUGAAUUACUUGACUAGAAUGAAUUAUUAUACAAAAGUCUUAAAAGUAUGAUGUCAAGUAAUCUCAAUUUUUUAGUAAUGGAUUGUGUUAAGCACUGAAAAACAUAUUUUUACUUUAUAACACAUGACCGUCAUUAUUCCUCUGAGUUAUGGUCAGAAGUAAUUCACACAUAAUGUUCGUCAUCAUCUACACAAAUUUUCUAAUGGUCAAAAUACAAUCUAAAUUAUGUAAUCUAGUCCAAACUGAGACUCAAAACCCUAAUUAGAGACUGAGCAACAAGAAAACCUAAUUGAGCAGAUUCAAUAUUGGUGGAACAGGUAUAGCCGCUGCUAGUUACACUGCAUGUUCCUACAAAUUAUCAGGAUUUCAUCCUGAAACAGGAAAAACACACAAGUAGUAGUUAAGUGGUGCUCUUUUGAGCUUUUAUGCCUCAUUUCAAAGAUGUGGUUGCAAAUAAAUAUUUUGCUCCCCCCUGUUGUUCGAAGUUCUAUUACUUUAAAAUGUAAUGGAUUACUAUCUUCUAAAAGGAAGUUGAAUCUGUCAUUCAUAUCUUGAAUUUUUCCGAUGUUGGUGCGGUGUUAGACUUUCUCUUUUGAAAGCGUUUCAUUAACUAAUGAGAACUGAAGAUCUGCAUUUAUUGAUGUGAUGUACCUUUCUUUGAAUUUAAUCUUUGAAUGUGUAAACUUAGUUUUGUUCUUAAGUUUUACUUAUAAGCGCAUGAGCAGGCUUAGAUUUAGCAAACUGCUGCUUAGGGGCUUUAUCUUAUUAAAAAAUGGCUGACAAUGUUUGGAGGGAUAACUGUUUCUCUCCUUUUAUUUUCCUUACAGCCUCUAAAAAUACGGUGAUGAAAGCAUGAUUUGCUGGUUUUCAUUUGUUGCUGGUUUUGUUCCAAAAUAAAACCAGCAGUAAAUGGAUCACUGAUUUUGUAACUAGUGAGUAAGUAACUUAUUCUGUUUGUUUUGGUCGUACAAAAAUCUGCCACCCAAUAAUAUGUGCCUUCCAAAAUUUUGCUGCCCCCAGGCUACGCAGUCCAUUUAGUUUCUCUUCUAAAUUCAGGCCUGUUUAAUUUUAUGAACAUAAAGCUUGUUCUCAGUCUUGCAGAAAAGUUGAUAGUCUGUAAAUAUUUCGUGUAAGAUGUAAGGAGGAAGCAUUCAAGAUGGUAGAUUCUCUGGGAUGGAUUUGUGGUAGAGACCCAUCAGCAUUCUGAAAUCCGCCAAGGCGUAGCUAGACAAUUUUCUCGGGGAAGGGUGGGGGUACAAAUUUGAGGUCUGUACGGAGUAUUUUGUAAAAA